AUCUCUUUCUCUUCUUUUUUCAUAUCAAAAACUGGAUCUUUUACCUCUUAAUUUCUCCCUUAUUGAUUUCUUCUUCGAAAUCUAGGGUUUAUCAUCACCUUCUGUAGGAGUACUUGGUUUUUCUUUCUUUGAGAAUUCAUCAUUCAAAAUCGCAGAAAUCGGGAGUUUAAGCACAAUAUUUCAGCUUUUGUAUUUGAGAAGGUACCUGAAUUUGGAACUGGGUACUACUAAUUCCACCACUGGUUAUAGAAAUUUACGACUCGUUUGAGUAAAACCAGUUCAGUUCCAAAAUUUUAGCCCUGCGCCUACUUUUCUUUCUCCCAAAAACAACAAUGGCGAGCAGUCUAAGCCGCAGAAUUGUACCAAUGGUGAAGAUCACACCCUCUACAACCCCGAGUCACUGGACAGAAUCGUUGACUCGUAUGGUACCAAACUUAGUUUCAGGUUUGAGUUUUUCAACAACCAAAGAUGAAUCCAAACCCAAAGAAAAUGAUGCAAAUAAUAACACUACACCAGUAGAAGAAGAGAUAGUAAAUGUCGACAACGAUGAAGAAGACGAUGAUGGAGAAUAUGUGAACAAAGAAACCGGUGAGAUCGGCGGGCCUAAAGGUCCUGAACCAACUCGUUACGGUGACUGGGAAAAGGGUGGCCGUUGCUCUGAUUUUUAGUUUUUAGUUGGAUCUAAUAUGGUUUAUGUUUUGAUUUUUAUCUAAAAUAAUAUGUACACCAUUAUCACCAUACUCAGUGUAUUUUGCCCAGUGUAUUCUGCCUUGAAAUAAUUUGUACAUUGAUUACUCAAAACUUCAGUUACCUAAUUGUUUAUUUAUUCUCAAUAA